AGGUGAGUGCGGCCUCGGUCUUGGCCUGGCGGCGACACCUGGGUUCCAGCUCCUUCGCUGAAGAGAUGGGGAGCUGCGGCUGCUGUUAGGGUUAGGGCCAGGCCUUCUCUCAGUCCGCGCACCCGCCCAGUGUCCGGAGUCGCCGGAACCAGGAGCUUGCGGGCCCAACAUGAGGAAAGACGAGGGUGUACGCGGGAAGGCACUUGGGUCGCGGGGAGGACCCCUUUCAGGCAGGCCCAGAACUGCCUGUAUUUUGUGGGUUUUCUCCACUUUUCUGCUAGGUAGGGCCACCCAGGCUUCGAGUGAGUAGCAGGCUCUGUUCCAGAGGUCUUGGAACAGGUCCAGGUUACUCACUCCGAUGUGCGGCUCCUGAUUGGAAAUGGUUGAAUCCCAGAAUGGAAGUGCAGGAUGGGAAGCUCAUUUGCUGUGUGCCAUGUACCAGUUGCUGUGCCAAGCGCAUUUGCUUCUGCGGAAAACAAGCCAGCUGGCCCGUUUUGCAGAAAACUUAAGGAACAAAGACGGAGAGUUGAAGCGUCAUUGCUUGAGAGUUGGUGGUGCUUGUGACUGUCAGUCCACAAGAGGAAAAGGGGAGACCUGUUUGUUCGUAGUAGUGGUUCUUAAACGUUAGUGGAAAACAAGAUCUUCUGAGGCUCUUUUUAAAAUGCAGAUUCUCAGACCCCUGCACCCCAGGUAGUGCGACUGGGUAGUUCAGGAAUGGGACCCAAGAAGCCAAAUGCGAGCCUGGUGGUCGGAAUUCCCGAUGACCUCUUGGGGACCACCUAUGAGAUAAGAUUAGUCGAUUCUUCAGUUAUUUGGUUUAUUCAUGUGUCCACAGGGACAUCAUAAAAUGGAAGGCACUCUUCUGAAAUCUUUGAAGGGAGUCAGUGUGUAGACUUUUUUGAUACAAAGUAUUGAGCCGACAGCAGGUUUUACCGUCUUUUAGUUAGAUGAGUUGCGAACAAUUUGUAAGGGUCUGAAAGUAGAGGCUGCCGGAUUAUCUUUCUCAACUGCAGUCUUCAUGCUCUUACCCUGUGGGGAAGUGCUUCAUAGUAUAAGAAAGGAAUAACUGUCAAAACCAUUUAGUUGAUUAUCAGUCUUCUCUUUCAUCUUCCAAGAAUCGUGAUGCUUGGUUAGAGUCAAGCUGCUUUAGGUAUUGAAAACCACGUAUGUGGUUAAUCAAGUAACGUAAGUGCAAUAUAAGUACAGAGUCAUAGUGUAAUUAUACCUUCAUGGUAGCUUAAUUAAGCAUUUUCAACAUGUUCACUAUUAAUCACCUUUUGAACAUAUUUUGUCUUCCUUCUUAAAUACUGUUUCACUCCACUAUAGAAUGUAUUAAGAUUGUUUUGUCUAAAAUCAAGUGUAGACAAGUUUUAAAAAAGAUUGCCUUCAGUUUUCUGCGUUUUCACUAUUCUGUAUGGAACUGUGGGUUUGUUUUUAUUCGAUUUGUUUGGUAUUUAUUUGACUUCUUGAAUCUGUGCAUUAGUGUCUUUCAUUCUGUAAAAUUCUCAGCCAUUUUAUAUGCAUAUAUUGCUUCCUCCCAUUGUCUCUCUUUAUUGUUUAUUGAUUUAACUAAACCUUUUCACUCUUUCUCUAUAUCUCUUACUCUGUUCUUUCAUACUACAUUCUGGAUAAUUUCCUUAUUCUCAAGUUAUUUCCAUUGUUAUUACACUUGGCCACUGAAGUCUUAAAUUCAUGUAUUGCAUUUUUUAGUUUCUGAAGUUCUGUUUGGUUUGUGACACUGUUUUAUAGUUUUCCUAUUUCUUGCUAUUAAUUUUGAGGCUUAAUUUUAUUUAUUUAAACAUGGAAAGCAUAGUCGUUUUUAUAAUCUCUGUGUUUAAUUCCACUGUCUGAAUUCCCUUUGGGGGUCUGUUUCUGCUGCCCAUGAUUUCUGUUGUUUUACUUCCUACUUCACCUUUACCUUGAAGCUGUAGUUCUUUCGGGUACCAAAUUAAGAUGGAAAGAGAGGUAGUUGUCAGACUCCACUCCCUGGCUGGGCUCCUGGCUUGAACUUGUUUCUAUUAUCUCAUAAAGGUACUAAAACUUUAGCUUUUAGGUUAGAGAAAUCCUUAGGAUGAAAUUCAUUUUGAACAUAAGGCUUAAUUUCUGGUUUUCACCUUCUAGAUUGUGUCCAAAUUCUUUACCAUCUUACUAGCUUUUUAAAGAAUUAUUGUUUUUGGUCAGGUGUGGUGGCUCACUGGCUCACGCCUGUAAUCCCAGCAUGUUGGAAGGCUAAGGUGGGCAGAUCACUUGAGGUCAGGAGUUUGAUACCAGCCUGGCCAAUAUGGUGGAACCCUGUUUCUACUAAAAAUACAAAAAUCAGCCAGGCAUAGUGGCAGGUGCCUAUAAUACCAGCUACCCAAGAGGCUAAUACAGGAAAAUCACUUGAACUCAGGAUGUAAAGGUUGCAGUGAGCCAAGAUCACGCCACUUCACUCCAGCCUGUGUGACAGAGCGAGACCCUGUCUCAAAAAAAAAAAGGGGGGGGUUAUUAUUUUUGACAAAUUUCCAGCAUAUUUAGUGUAUUUAGUACAGAGGUGGAGAAUUCAUCUCAAUUACCUAGCCCACUAUUUCAGGAAAUGAAAAUCUCCCAGUAUUCUGAUUUUUGGAAUUUGAAAUUUGUGUGAUUUCCAGCACCCUUAAGUUAAAGACAGUUAUUCUUCAUAUACCUAAAAUUUCCACCACUUUUCACUGUGCGUCAUCACAGCCACUAUGAAAGUUAUGCUUCCCAAUGCUUAUUCUAGUCUUCCUUUCCCAACUCCUUAGUGCUUAGCAUCUACUCCUCUCAUGGCCUGUAACCUAGUUCUGCUUUUCCUUAACUCAUCAUGUGCCAGCGUUACUUCUUUUACUGAAUGAGUAUUGGUUGUUCCAUUAUGGAUGGAGGAGAUGAUGGUAACCUUGUUAUCAAAAAGAGGUUUGUGUCUGAGGCAGAACUAGAUGAACGGCGCAAAAGGAGACAAGAAGAAUGGGAGAAGGUUCGAAAACCUGAGGAUCCGAAAGAAUGUCCAGAGGAGGUUUAUGACCCUCGAUCUCUAUAUGAAAGGCUACAGGAACAGAAGGACAGGAAGCAGCAGGAAUAUGAAGAACAGUUCAAAUUCAAAAACAUGGUAAGAGGCUUAGAUGAAGAUGAGACCAACUUCCUUGAUGAGGUUUCUCGACAGCAGGAACUAAUAGAAAAGCAACGAAGAGAAGAAGAACUGACAGAACUGAAGGAAUACAGAAAUAAUCUCAAGAAGGUUGGAAUUUCUCAAGAGAACAAGAAGGAAGUGGAGAAGAAACUGACUGUAAAGCCCGUGGAAACCAAGAACAAGUUCUCCCAGGCGAAGCUGUUGGCAGGAGCUGUGAAGCAUAAGAGCUCAGAGAGUGGCAACAGUGUGAAAAGACUGAAAUCGGACCCAGAGCCAGAUGACAAGAAUCAAGAGGCCUCAUCCUGCAAGUCUCUCGGAAACACUUCCCUGAGUGGCCCCUCCAUCCACUGCCCCUCUGCUGCAGUCUGUAUCGGCAUCCUCCCAGGCCUGGGUGCCUACUCUGGGAGCAGCGACUCCGAGUCCAGCUCAGACAGCGAAGGCACCAUCAAUGCCACUGGAAAGAUCGUCUCUUCUAUCUUCCGAACCAACACCUUCCUCGAAGCCCCCUAGUUUCUCUGUGCUUACGCUGGAAACUCCUCCCCAAGGGUAGAUCGGACCGUUUAUGCCACCUACAGACAUUAUGUCCCUCAAAAAAAAACUCCUUUGCCUGUGUCCUGUGCACAACGUGACAUUUUUAACCAACCCAAUCUAAAGAUGUGCCAGAAUCUACCUGUGGCCCAAAUCGUGUUUGGUUUCUCUUUCCACUCCAGUGCAGAUGACCAAACCUGUCCCGCUGCCACUUCCUCACUGACGUGGGGAGGAGGGCAAGGCCCAGCCGAAGUUCCACUAAAAAUGCCCUAGGAGGAUAGGCACCGGCUGGCUUGCCAAAAGGUUCAGGUUUUAUUGCUUUCUGUUUUUUUCUUUUCUUUCCUUUCCCAACAGCACAAAAAAGUAAGGGCAGUUAUUGGACAGGUAUUAUUUAAACAUUCUAUUGUAGGUGAGUGUGCUGUUUGGUUCCACUGCAUUGUAGAGCAUGCGGGGGAAGAGAACUGACCCAGGUGAAGAAAUGGAGCCCUUCCCUCGAACUAACCAGUCCUCAAUGUUGUGUGACUAAGUAGAGAUGCUAAACCGCAUCCGCUGGGGGUGUCGCUUCACACUCGGCAUGCAUUGUGAAGGCUUUCCACCCUUGGCCAUUCCGUUUCCCCUCUCUCCAACCCCAUUUAUGCAGGAAGGGACUGCUAACAAGAAAACUUCCAUCUUCUCAGACCUUUUCUCUGCCUCAGAAAUUAUUUUAUGUUUGUUUUUGAAAUAAAGGAUUUAGUUUGAGAUUCAAAAUCUUAGAGAAACGUAGGCCUUGUUUACUCAUAGCCAGACAUCAGAACUGUGGGUAGGUAUGUUAAUGAGAUGACUUAUUUCCGGCAGCUCCUGGAAUCCAAAUAUUGUAAACUAGUGGAACAUACUUGCAUUUUAUGACUGUUCUAUCGAGGCCCUUCUCUGUUUAAUGCAUAUUAUAUUUGUGCUUUUAACUGUGGAAUCUAUUUCUAACUUAAGGGUGCUGCCCUAGUACUUUUCUUUGCUGCCCCUGCUGCUCUUUUUCCUUUCCAGACAGCAACUCUUGAGGCCAUGAGCAGCCAAAAACUAGUGGUGCUCCUCUAUCUUGUCUCAUAAAGGGAAAUGGGCUCAACCCUUGGAUUCUGGAGGAGGGAGGGGGAGAGGGUGUGGAGACCUCAAGGACAGAGGUAGACAUGAGCUUUGACAACAGUCUGUAGGCUCUCCUGCUUCAGAAUAAGCCUGUUCCAUUCUUUAUCCAUUCCCCUUGUUCCUACAUCAAUUGUUUUUACUUUCUUGGGUGUGAGACUGAGCGAGACACAUACAAAAUGUGUUGACACUGUGAUGCCAGCAGGCAAAGCAGCUACUGACUUUGAAUGUGGGCAGAGAGGCCUCUGGAUCUCAUCCAGCCCACUCCUUUUCCCUUUGCAGUGCAGUGACACUCCAGUGCCCGUUGGCAGAUGGUGACUUCCCUGCACUCAUAACUGAUGCCUUGUGAAUUCUUCCUCCGUUUCAGAACUACUCUAUGCUAAUUGUUCUUGACUGCCAAUACAUGUGUGUCAGCUCCAUCCUAACAAAUACGACAUUUAGGUAAAACUGUGUAGGCACCUUCUGCUUCUCUGCUUCAUUGUUCCUGUGAUAGUCCUGUUAUUACAGCAUGUUCCCAAAACAGCCUCACAUUGUUACAGGAGGCAGACCAGGGCAUCAGAGUCACCAUCUUUAUGUGGCUUGACUCUUAAGAGGCCAUGACUAUACUUCAUGACCUCUUGAUAGAGAAAGAAGUUGACAAAGGGGUGCGGGGUUUAAAAACACAGAUUAACGUGAAAGCUAAUAAACCUGUCAAAGAACA